AAAGUAAUUGUAGUAAACAUUUUUCGAUUUUUUAUUUUCCGUUUCCUGCUUUACCUUGUAGAAGCUUCUUUGGAAACUUACCAUCCACACCUAUCGUUCCUCUCCUGCUGUUUUUUUCUGCGAUCGAACAUCCUGAGGCACAAAUCGUUAGAAAGAAUAGGAGCUUCAACCUCUCCAAUCAUGAAUGCAAGAAAAGGGACGAAGGAUGAUUUAGUCCUGGCAGGCUGGCAAGCUUUACUUCUUUGGGAAUGAAGGGAAAAUAGUGGAAAUAUUCUACUAGCUAACAAACACCUCAUUUAUGAAUUGUUGAUCUUCAGUGGCUUUCUUGCAAGAUUAGUGAAAUUCUGUUCUGAAACAAACUUUGACAAUGGUUUGGCAUUGAACAAAUUUCCACGGACAUAUUCUUUGCUAUUGGCCACAGGUUUGCCCCUCAGAAACAAAAUCCCAAUUUUAAUCGCUACCCUGUGAGUACUUCUUUGUCAUAUAGGUGUUUCUAUUGUAGUCUCCACAAUUGGACAGGAAUCCUCUCAUGUACAUGACAAUGAUGCUAGCUGGAUAAAGAGAAAGCAAAAUAGACUGGAGAAACGGGAGAGGAAGUAGGGGGAAGCUGUGUAAGAUGAGAAAAUGAUAAACAUUAUCUGUACAUAUAACUCGCAUUGAAAUGGAAUAUAAUAUUGACCUUGGUCAAGAUAUAUUGGAAGCUGAUGUUGUAAUUCAAGCUCCUCAAGUUAGUUUGGAUAUGCAAGAAUCUCCUAAGGGAGAUGAAAUGGAAAACAAUUUGACUCUUGGUCAAGAUAUUUCAGAUGCUGAUGUGAUGGUGUUUGAUGAAAGUAUUCAACAUCCUCAGCUUACCGUGGAUAUUCAAGAAUCUUUAAAGGAAGACAUUGAUACAACUGAAAGUGGUGUAAGGGAUGAUAACCAUGCCUCUGUCAAUAAUCUUGUCUCUGAACCAUAUAUUGGUUUGCAAUUCAGUUGCGAAGAUGAGGCAUAUGAAUACUAUAAUGCAUAUGCUAAGGAAAAGGGAUUCAGCAUUCGGAAAAGCCGCGUAGAACGCUCAAAGGUUGAUAAGAGUGUUCUCUCUCGAAAGUAUGUUUGUGCCCAUGAGGGGUUUCGCUGGACAAAAGACAAGCGAUAUAAAGGAAAGGUUGUACGUUCUCGACGAGAAACAAGGAUAGAUUGUCGAGCAGCUAUGAGCAUUAAAAGAAGUUCUGGGAAAUGGGUGGUUUACAAAGUUCAUAAUGAGCACAAUCAUGAACUUGUUAAUCCUGUUGAAGCUUACAAACUUCGAUCACAUCGGAAAAUGUUAAAUAAUAUGAGAGUGGGAGUCUCCACCUCUCCUAAAUGUUCAGUUGUUCCAUGCAAAAUUAUGGAUCGAGAAAAAGAAGCUUCAAGUGGGGAUAAUAAUAUGUGUACCAAUAAUCAAGAUUGUAAGAAUAACAUGAAGAAAGAACGGAGGAAUAACAUUGGAGUGGACUAUGAUCGUGCUCUUGAGUACUUCCAGAGCAUGCAGGCAGCAGAUCCUGGGUUUAUUUAUGCAAUUGAAGAUGGUAAAAUUGUAGGCAUGAAGAAUAUAUUUUGGGCGGACAGCAGGGCAAGGGAGGCAUACAAGCAAUUUGGGGAUGUAGUAAUAUUUGAUACUACAUACCAAACAGACAAAUACAAGUUCCCUUUUGCCCCUUUCAUUGGUGUGAACCACCACAAGCAUUCUACAUUGUUUGGUUGUGGUUUGUUGGCAGAUGAAAGUGUGGAAUCUUAUAUUUGGUUAUUUGAAACCUGGCUUAGAGCCAUGUCUGGUUGCCAGCCUGCCUCUAUAAUAACAUAUCAGGACAAAGCGAUGACAACUGCAAUAGAGAAGGUUUUUCCACAAGCAAGACACCGAUUUUGCAUGUGGCAAGUGGCCAAAAGUGAGCUGGAAAAUCUGACAUAUGUGUUCAGAAUGCACAAGGAAUUUCAAACAGAUUAUAAAAAGUGCAUUGAGAUGAGUCAGACAUCUGAAGAAUUUGAGUCAGGUUGGGAGGCACUCCUGAUGAAGUACAAUUUAAAGGAAAAUAGUUGGUUGAAGGUAAUGUAUGAACAGCGGCAUCAUUGGGUACCAUUGUACUUACAAGGUGCAUUUUUUGCCGGCUUGACUACAACAAGGAGAAAUGACAGCAUUCAUUCUUACUUUGACGGGUUCUUGCAUGAGGGAACUCCUUUCAAUGAAUUUAUUCCACAGUAUGAACAGGCACUAAAUCGACUUCGUGAGAGGGAAGAUGAUGAAGAUUUUGUUUCAAUGCAUGCAAAAGCGAUUUUAAAGUCUAAAAAUCCUAUUGAAGAACAUGCUGCGAAAGUUUAUACUAGGAGUAUAUUCUCAGUGUUUGGGGAUGAAUUUCUUGAAAGUUCUUGUUGUGUUGCAAAUAAGAUAGAUGAGAAAGGGUCAAUAAGUAACUACAUGGUGGGCAAGUACAAUGAGAAGGAUGACAAGAUGAAAUUUGUUACAUUCAACUCAGUUGAUAAUAGUACAAGCUGCAGUUGUCAGAUGUUUGAGUCAGAGGGGAUGCUUUGCAGGCACAUACUUAAAGUAUUUCAAAUGGUAAAUGUAUUCAAGAUUCCACCACAAUACAUCUUAAAGCGAUGGACAAUGAGUGCUAGGUAUGUCUCAUUUAAUGAUGAAGUUGGGGGUGGAUCAAAAAUUCCAACAACAGUAAAUGUCUGGACCUUGAAAGAGACAGCUAAAAAAUUUGUUGAAAUUGGGGCUACUUGCACCGAACGGACUAAGGCUGCUAUCAGUAUUUUACAAGAGGGCAUGGAAAGACUUUCUCACAUCAAUAUACCUAUAAGUGCCGUGGGUUGUAGUAGUAGUUUUCAAGGGGAAAAUGCCAAUGAACAACAUGACACUAUCAGGUUGUCUACCACCAUGUGUGAUCCUUCACCAGUCAAAGCAACAGGUAGUGUUGCAUCUUCUAAAGAUAAAUCAGGCACUGAACAUGGACAAAAGAAGAAAAGGAAGUGUCGUACAUGUGGGGAAACAAAGCAUCAUACACAUUUAUGUUCUAAGGGACCUCCUGAUCAAUCACAUACUGCUCCAAUGUUGCAAGGACCUAUUGCUCAAUCCCAUACUGCCACACCAAUGUUGCAGGGACCACUUGCUCAGUCCCAUACGGCCCCAAUGUUGCGGGGGCCUGUUGUUCUACCCCAGCCUUUUGCUAUGUUUCCAGGACCUGUUGUUCUACCCCAUACUUUUGCAAUGUUGUAGUUGAUUGAUUCUGGAUUUAUAGUAUGAACAAUCUUUAAACCUCUUUAUAAAAUAACCCCCCUUUUUUCCCUUCUGCAAAUUUAAAAUCACAUAUUUUUCAAAACAUUACAUUUCCCUUCUGCAAAUUUUAAAAUCACUCCAUCCAUUUUCUUUUUAGGUACAACAUAACCACCAUUAUACAGUUCCCGUAAGGUUGAGUGUUAACUCUCCACCUUUUCUCGUGACAUCCUUCUUACCCAGCAAAAUAAUGUCUUGAACACUUUUACCUAAUCUUUAUUGUUAAAGGCUACCUUUUACAAGGUUAUAUAUUUUUAUGGGCUGAUAAACUUAUAUUGUAAAUUUUCCUUGUCAAGGUUCAUCUGUUCUUUUCUUACCACAUUUCCUCCUAGGUCUGCUAUUAAUCUUUUAUUUCUCUCUUAGGUAUUAGAGUUUGUUCUGGUAACUCUGUAGAUAUGAAUAUAUUUCUUUUCUUUAUUAGAUUUUUUACAAUUCUUUUUCUGCAGAUGAACCUACAGAUAAGAGUAGCUGUUAAUUCAGGUAGUUUGGGGAUGUUUUGCUCUUUUCAAACACCAUGGUCCCCCCCCCCCCUUUUGUUUAUAUUUAUGUGUGGUGGGCUAAUUGAAAAUUUUCAAGUUUUGUUAUUUGUGAUGAUUUAAUGCACAUGAUAUUUGCUCCAUCUGUGUUUGCAAAACCAGUUAUUUGCUGCUGAAACUAUUUCUCCAUAUACUUGCCAUCUUUCUUACUUGGAAUCUCCUGUCUGACUUUGCUGACAAUUCUAAGAAUGUGUUCACUUGGCAAUCAUGUGAUCUUCUUUUGUUGGAUCUUCAGGUAGUUUCAUUUUCCAUAUGUUUAGUUAUAUUGAUCAUGUUGAUGGAGAUUGCUCGUUUCUCAUAUUUGUUUGACAUUAAUGCAACCACAAUUUAUGAAUGUUAUCUUUUUCUGCAUCCACCAAAUACUGGGAUAAGGCUAAGCUGAGUUGGGUAUUUUCCUAAUGUGAGAAGACAGACACCCCUGACAUGAACACGUCUAAAAAAUCAUGGUGUGAGUAGAUAUCUAAUCAUACCAUUCAAAAUAGGUUAGGCAUUCCUUACAAAAAAUACAUCCUCUGGCAUCUCAUCUGGCAAAGUGGAAUGCCCUCUCAGCCUCUCUAGGAAGGCAACCAGCAGUCAAAUUUAUCUAAUCUCAAAACACCAUCAAAGAAGUAGUUGAUCCAAGAUACCAAGGAUCUUUCUCCAUGAAUUGGUGGCCAAGUCUCCAUGGAACACUGAAAGCAUCUGUCACCCAUCUGAUAAUAUCCUGAGAGUGGAAAACUAUAAAUUUAGGCCUUGGAAUAGAGAGAAGCCCUUCUCUCAGAUAAUCACCAGAACCCUAAGGUCCUAAGUAAGCAAGAAUCACUUCCCCUUUAUCAUCAUUGAAGAUGUCCUUAAUACCAGAAGGCCCCUGAUUCUCUGAAGAGUAGUAGGUCAGAUUGAGUUUAGUGACAGACUGAUUAAGGUGACCAUCUAGCUAUCAGUCCUAAAAGGAUGGAAGGAUGGAAGUGAGCAAUAAAAUGUCAUUCUCUAAUCAUAGAAUCACCAAAGCUCCCCUGAAGACCUUCAACCCUCAAAUCAAUAAAUCACUCACAGAGGUUACAUCUCUGACGACCUCUUUAGGGUGGUUUUGGUUUUGUAAUCUUAUUUUCUUUAUUUUUUUACUCAAAUAACUGCAUGUAAUAGGAAACCCAACAUAAUUGUGUCCCCAUUGCUGAAAGGGCACUAAUGCUAACUCGGUAACUCCAAAGGAAGUCAUGCGCUUCUCAGGAAAGGUUGAUGCUAACAUGAGAGAAGAAAAGGCCCUAGAUCUUUUAUCUAUCUUGAUGAAUCUUAUUCCCUAGAAUUUCCUCCUUUACAUGACUUGAGACUCCCAAAAUGUAUCAAACUCCAACUCCUACAUCAACAUCCAUGUGGCAUUUUUUUUCCAUUUUACAUCUGUUUUAUUCUUUAAUUUUCUCUUGAUGAUGAGUUCCAAACUCGGUUUGACUACCUGAUUUUAUUCCCUAAAUUUAAAAGGUUUGACCAUGCAGCAAUAAAGGGAAGCCAACUCUGUGAGUUUAGUGGUAUACCAGUAUCCUUUCAGGAAUUUGUAGUUGAUAGAUUACUGUUGAGUUUUCUUUCUGAGGGAAGUGCCUUUUUUUUCUGUUCGUGGAUGGACUUUGGGAUCUCUAUUGCUCCUCAAUUUUUUUGAAUCCAUCCUUCUUUGUAGUGUUUAAGGAUUCUAAUUAUGUGUUUUGUCUGAUUGCUGUUGUUACAUUUGACAUCUGAAGCCCAUGAUUUAACAGGCUGCAGGUUGGCUUCUGGAAUAUAAAAAAAUAGGCUAAAAGAGGUAAGCUACUCUUCACAUUGGUUAUUUCCUUGGAGAAACUUUGGGAUAGUUCCCUGUACCCAAAAAAGAAUUUACUUGAACACUAUCCGCCUCAAAAUGCUUUUUUCAUGAUAAUAUUCCAUUAAUUCUCUUAGAAGGUGCUUCUUUCAAUUUCUAUCACUGAAGGUGUUGAUGAUUGGUUGAGUAAGUUGACACCACUAUUGUCUAGCAUAGGACUUGAGAAACCAGAAUGUUUGUGGAGAGAAGAAGUUAAAUUAAUUAGUCAGCUGUUACCCCAUGGAUGUGCAGCAAAUGCUGCAUGUUUCAGGUGGAGGAUAGCAUGAAUUGGGAUUUGCUCCUCCCACCGACCUCACAGCCACAUCCCACUGUGUAUUGGGAACAUCUCCCAUGAAUA